GGAAAGUUUGCAGACAGAAGAAAUUGGAAAAAGUCCACGUUUGCAUCUACGAAGCAAAAUCCGAUGGAAGCUCUCACCCGAAGCCCUCCCUCCUCAAUUCAGAUGACGACUUCAUUUUUUUUCUGUCGACAGAAAUAAGUCUUCAUUGCAAAUAGUUUUGCAUUGCUAUUCUUUUGUUCUGAAAAGGAUAAACCGCUACCUCCGCCACCAUGAGCAAGACAAYCAGGUCUCAGAUGACGCCAUCGUCGCCAUCACCGUUUCGAUUUUUUUUUAACACCGUUGUUCUAGGUUUGCUACUCGUAGUAACUUCGUCGUCGACUCUGGGAGCAUCCGCCGCCUGCGUCGAUGAGUUUGAGCCGUGCUCUACAGACAGAGAUUGCUGUGGGCGGCACAAUCAGGGAUAUUUGGGGGUGAAAUGCGUAGAGGGACAUGCGAACCAGACCGACCACGGACUCACGUGCAAGUCCAAACGAUCUUGGGCACUAGAUCAGAUGUCCUACGACAAURAWUACGAUCUUCACUCCGUAGCCUUCUUCCUUGAAUUUUACUUCUUUUCCASACCGGAUAUCAAGAAAAAAUACUCUGGUGAUAGAGAAUGGGAGGAGAUUGUWGAUCGUCAKUAUUUCUUUGAUAUGGCCGGUAACCACACAAAUAAAUUUGCCAAAUUGAUCACUACCCUCGAAAAAGAAUACAACAUCAAGGAUUUAACGGAGGUGCCUAAGUUGAUUCGAGACUUUAUAAGCUGGCGGGAUGGCGUGAAUAUUAAGGCACUAUUCGAAGGGAARUACGACGGUCACGAGCGUAUUAUAAUGAAUUAUGACAAAAAAGGUGGCCAUUACGACGAUGGCGAGGACSACGASGUGGAAAAGAGAUUCGAAAGUCAGGUCGACCAAGAAAUGAGUGMUAYAGCUGAAGGUGACGGCUACAAUGACAACGAAGAGAACGAACUUUGAGGUCCGAGWUUUACAGAAAUCAAAACCAAACUCGACA